AUGGAUGGCUCCACGGAUUUCCAAGGGAAAAAGUGGGCAGAUUAUGCGAAAGGGUUCGGAAAUCCGGCAGUGUUGAAUGUCAAACAGAAAAUUGUUAUUCAAAGACGCAUGGAUGGCUCCACGGAUUUCCAAGGGAAAAAGUGGGCAGAUAAUGCGAAAGGGUUCGGAAAUCCGGCAUCAGAAUAUUGGCUGGGAAAUGAUGCAAUCCAUGCUCUUACUAAAACUGGGAACCAGAAGUUACGGAUAGAUGUGGCCAGAUUUUCAGGAGUUAGUGGAAACGCUACAUAUUCAACCUUCAUUGUCAACAAUGCAGCAAACAAAUAUAAACUCACCGUUGGAGGAUAUAAGGGGUCUUCUGGAUUCAAAGAUAACCUGUCCUACCAUAAUGGCAUGUAUUUCUCCACCACUGAUACUGAUAAUGAUAAGUAUGGGGAUCCCUGU